AUGAAACGCAACGAGCACAUUUGGCGCCCAUUUUCGUCGCCGGCGAUGUUACUCGGCCUUCUUCCCUCUCACCGCUCCUUUCAUGCUGUCUCCAAACUCCGUUUCUAUCACACUGUUGCCCUUCGCAUCUCCCAGCCCCAGCAUCCUCCAACUGAGACACCACCUUAUCCUCACCUGAAUAAGAAACAUCCAAACCCCAUCUCAGUCCCUCCCUGUAACUUCCAGAAGCAAUUCGUGAUUUCUGCAUUAAAAUCUGCUACCCAAAAGACCCACUUUCUCCAAAUACAGGCUCACAUUCUCCGUGCAUCCCUCGUUCAAGACCCUGCAAUUUCCCUCCCCUUCUUGUCCCGUGUAUCUCUCUGGGGUCCCUUCCCGGAUCCUACAUAUUCCCGCCGUUUCUUUGACCAAAUCACCAUCCCUUCGGUUUCUCAUUACAACAUCAUGAUCAGAGCAUACUCUAUGAGCUGCUCCCCUGAGCAAGGACUCUAUUUAUAUCGACAUAUGAAAAGACGUGGCAUUCUUCCAGACCCAUUGUCCUCUUCCUUUGCUGUCAAGUCUUGCAUUAAGAUUCUUCAUCUUCCUUUUGGGGUUCAGAUUCAUGGAAGUGUCUUGAAACAAGGGCAACAAUCGGAUAGCCUUUUGCUGACAACGCUCAUGGACUUGUAUUCGCACUCUGAGAAAUUGGAGGAAGCAUGGAAACUGUUUGAUGAGAUGCCUCAGAGAGAUACUGUGGCUUGGAACGUCAUGAUUUCUUGCUGCAUUCGUAAUAAUCGGAGUCGGGACGCUCUGAGUUUGUUUGAUGUUAUGCAGAGUAAAAGCCAUAGUUGCGAACCCGACGAUGUUACGUGUUUACUCCUGCUUCAAGCAUGCGCCCAUUUGAACGCUUUGGAAUUCGGGGAACGAAUUCACAGUUACAUUACAGAACAUGGCUACGGUAGGUAUCUUCGCCUGUCGAAUUCUCUCAUAUCCAUGUAUUCUCGAUGUGGUUGUAUGGAUAAGGCUUAUCAAGUAUUUAAGACAACAGACAAUAAAAAUGUGGUUUCAUGGAGUGCGAUGAUAUCUGGUUUGGCAAUGAAUGGGUACGGGAAACAAGCAAUGGAAGCAUUUGAAGAGAUGCAGAGAAUGGGGAUUCGUCCUGAUGAUCAGACAUUCACGGGAGUUCUUUCUGCUUGCAGCCAUUCUGGGUUAAUCGAUGAGGGAAUGUCAUUUCUUGAGCGUAUGAGUAGAGAAUUCGGAAUAAUUCCCAACAUCCAUCACUAUGGGUGCGUGGUUGAUCUCUUGGGGCGUGCCGGUUUACUUGAUCAAGCCUAUCAACUUAUCAUGUCAAUGGAGGUAAAACCAGAUUCAAAAAUAUGGAGGACUUUACUCGGGGCUUGUAGAAUUCAUGGACAUGUUAAUCUAGGAGAAAGGGUAACUGAGCAUUUGAUUGAACUGAAAGCUCAAGAAGCAGGGGAUUAUGUUUUGCUGCUAAAUAUCUAUUCCUCGGCUGGUCACUGGGAGAAGGUAGCAGAAGUGAGAAAACUAAUGAAAGAGAAAGCAAUCCAAACCACACCUGGUUGUAGCACAAUUGAACUGAAAGGACAAUUGCACGAGUUCAUAGUGGAUGAUGUUUCACAUCCAAGAAAAGCUGAGAUUUAUGAGAUGCUGGGUGAAAUAAAUCAGCAGCUGAAAAUUGCAGGGUAUGCUGCCGAUCUAUCAUCUGAGUUACACAAGUUGGAUGACAGCGAGAAGGGGUAUGUGCUGUCUUGCCACAGUGAGAAGUUAGCUGUAGCUUUUGGGGUUCUUGUAACUCCGCCGGCCACAAAACUGAGAGUGGCCAACAAUCUACGUAUAUGUGCUGAUUGUCACAAGUUCAUGAAAUAUUUUUCCGGGGUGUACGGCCGUGACGUGAUUGUGAGAGAUCGCAACAGGUUCCAUCAUUUCCGAGGAGGCCAAUGCUCCUGUAAUGACUAUUGGUAAGGGACAUGUUGAGAUAUGUGAAACCAAUGGCCAGCAAAUGGAAACUUGGUAGCGGGAAAAAGAUUUGUUCCUGAUGUUUUCAUUCCUUUAUGGAACUGCCGACAGAAAAAGAGUUAUCCUUUGAUGAAUAUUGAAUAAUGAUUUGCUGGAAAAGCAGCUUAUUUCUUUGGUGAUGCUCCAGAGGAUGCAUUCCACCUCACAAAUACCAAAUGGACAAAGUAAAUUGCGAAAGGCUUCCGACCGAAUAUCUGGAAGAUAAGACUAGGUAGUGGCUCUCUGGAGAAAGGAAUUUAUUACUGAUCAUUUUAACAUUUGUUACCCAAUAAAUAUGGGAUGUUACGAGGAAAUGGUACCAUGUUCUUGUU